UCGUCGCCGUCGUUAUCAGUACCUAUGUACGACUCAUUAGGCCGCCUCAUAUAUGCAACGCACACGGGUUGUCUGCCAGCAGUCCGAUCAUCGCCGUGUUCGCGUGGUUUUGGUUUUGUGUGACGGAGUUUGUCUCUUUUUGAAUAUCCCAAAUUUUUUUUCGGAAAACAUUUCUUUUCGCCGAUAAACGCGUUUAUAAAUAAUAUAACACAAGACCCCUUCGUAAUAUUAUACUUUUGAACUUAACUUAGUAAAAACGAUCGUACCGAAUAAUUUUAACGAUCAUUUUCGUCGAGUUUUUCUCUGGCGAUAUAAUAUGAACGUCUUAGUGACGAUCGUUGUCGUUUCGGCAACGAUCCUUUCAGUCGCGAGGCUGGCCCGAGGCCAGGAUGAUCGGGUGGACAGCAAGUACUUGGAUCCCAACGAUUAUUUUCUGGCCGGCGGAGAUCAACAAGACCGACGACGCAUCCUGCAAGACGCGUUCAACAGGUACACGAUACAGCAACAACAACAGGAACAGCAAUCACGGACUGGUUUUGAUGGAAUAUUCCAACAACGUCAGCAGCAACCACAGCAGCAAGGGUUCCAAAGGGGUGGCAGGAAGUUCACUACCGACGAGCCCGAACAGAAUUUCGAGACUUCCGGAAGGUUCACGUCCCGGUCCGAUCCACGGACGUCACCAAUACCGACACCCUCGAUUCAACAGGGACCGUUGACGUUGUCCAAUAGCAACAUCCGACAAUUACUGCAACAGCUUGACGUGGCUGGAUCGCAACAGUGCAAUCUGAAUGUGCAGGCGCAAUGGGAUUUCGAAACAAACGUCAAUGAGGGAACGCAAAUAAGAGCGUUGGAGCAACAAUUGUUAUACUCAGAAUUCCAACGGAAAGUAUUUUCGAUAAUGACAAGAUUAAAUUUGGACAAUGUCAUCGAUCCCAACCUUAGAAGACAGCUCAAGUUUUUGUCAAUGCCAGGACCUGCUGCACUACCACAAGAACAGCUGAGUCGAUACAACCGUCUUAUUAAUGACAUGUUAGCUGUUUAUAAUAGCGCUUCUGUUUGCGCUUUCGACGAACCGUUAAAAUGUGGUCUCAGAUUAGACCCAGAUUUAAACAUAAUAAUGUCUCGGAGUCGAGACUGGAAUGAACUACAACAUACUUGGAUAGAAUGGAGAAGAAGAACGGGACAAAAAGUCAGAGAUAUGUUCGAACAGCUAGUAGACGUUAGCAAUCAAGCAGCUCUACUAAACAAUGUGUCGGACGCGUCUGAGAUGUGGAAAUUUCCCUACGAAUCACCAUCAAUGAGGUUUGAAUUGGAAGACGCUUGGGAACAAAUAAAACCUCUAUAUGAACAACUCCAUGCCUACGUCAGAAAGAAGUUACGUGACCUUUAUGGGCCUGAGAGAAUAAGUCGAGAAGCGCCAUUGCCCGCACAUAUAUUAGGAAACAUGUGGGGCCAGUCUUGGGAAAAUAUCUUGGACUUGACCAUACCAUAUCCGGGAAAAAAUUAUUUGGAUGUCACACCUCAAAUGAUCAAACAGGGAUAUACACCAGCUGCGAUGUUUAGAGUAGCGGAAGAAUUUUUCAUAUCUUUAAAUAUGAGUUCAAUGCCUCAAUCUUUUUGGGCUAAUUCAGUCGUCGAGGAACUUCCAGGACAACCUAUAAUUUGUCAACCUUCUGCUUGGGAUUUUUGCAACAGACAAGAUUAUAGAAUCAAAAUGUGCACUCAAGUUAAUAUGAAAGAUUUCAUCACUGUUCAUCAUGAAAUGGCUCAUGUACAGUAUUUCUUGAAUUACAAAAAACAACCAAAGGUGUAUCGUGACGGUGCUAAUCCAGGAUUCCACGAAGCUCUAAGUGAAGCAAUAUCACUUUCUGUAUCAACUCCAAAGCAUUUGCAAACAUUGGGACUAAUAUUGAACUCUGUAGAUGACAUUCCUCAUAAUAUAAAUUAUUUAUUUGGAUUGGCGAUGGACAAGCUUACAUUUUUGCCUUUCAGCUUGGCACUUGACUUAUGGCGGUGGGAUAUAUUCAAAGGAACCACGCACAAGGAGAGAUACAAUUGCCAUUGGUGGGACUUACGCGAACGACUUGGUGGUGUCAAGCCUCCAGUACUCCGGUCCGAGACAGAUUUUGAUCCGGGAUCAAAAUAUCACGUACCCGCCAACAUUCCCUACGUUGGAUAUUAUUUCGGAACGGUUCUGCAGUUCCAGAUACACAAGGCGAUGUGCUUGGCGUCCGGACAGUACAGACCAAACGACCCGAACAAAUUGCUACACAAAUGUGACAUUUACCGGAGCAAGGAGGCGGGCGCCAUAAUAAAAAAAAUCAUGGAAUCUGGAUCAUCGGAAAACUGGAGGGAUACUUUAUCUCUAGCAAUUGGUGAGAAUAAACUAGAUGGUUCAGCUCUAAGAGAAUUUUUCCAACCACUUGAAGAAUGGUUACGAAAUGAAAAUCUCAGGACAGGACAGUUUAUAGGCUGGAAUUACGAUGGAGAUUACUGUAAACAUAGCAUCGAAACAGCUAAUCUACAAGUUUAUGGAGGAUUUUACAACGGAGCUAAUUCUCCAGUAACAUCAACUCUAGUGUUAAUAUCUUUACUAUCUUCGUUAUUAAUAUGCGUUAAUGGAUAUUUAAUGUAAUGAAUUUUAUAUGAACAAAAAAAAUAUUUUGUACAAAGUUAUAUUAUUAUUAUAUACAUACGUUGAUAUACGUAUCGUUGAUACGUCGUACACCCAUGCUUAUAACUAGCAUAUAUUAAUCAAAAUAGUGACACUAGUUUCAGUGAAUAAGAAAUUAUUUUAAAUUAAUAUUCCUUGAUUAUAUUUGUCUUUUAAAUUCAGAAUUAUAAAAAAAAAAAAAUGAACUUUUUC